UUGCACCCAAACGCGCGCCGGUCGAUGUCUCCUCCGCUCCUCCGAAUCGAAUUCUGAGACUAGAACUACAUCAAACAUCAGCGUCAAACUCUGUAGUCCUUACUGUCGGUUCUAUAAGACUUUACCGUUAUUUUGCAUUCCCUCUCUCUCUCUUUUUUUGAAAGUUGGAUUAUGAGCGCAGUCUGUUCGGCAGGAUAUAGUCCGUUUACCAGCGGUUCCUCUGAAGAUGACCCGUGAUAGGAAACAGCGAAAGGAGGUCGAUGCUGCCAAAGGUAGAGUGGUUCCCAGGUAAAGCCCUCCUAUGAGGUGAGGUUGAGUUGACCCCUGACCCCUGGCCAGUCCCCCAGCGCCCCUCACGCAGCGACCCUCCACCAGGCAGCAGGACUAAGGGAUGUCACGGGGCUUCCUCCUGCUCACGCUGCUCACAGUCUCCUCCAGCAUCCAAGUGUCCCCAGCUAAGCCAUUAAAGGCGUUGAUGCAGAGAUGGGUGAUGUACACGGAGGAGUGUAGCCGCAAUAACAGCAGAGAACCGGCACUCACUGGUGUGAUGUGUAACAGGACCUUUGACAUGUAUGCCUGCUGGCCCGAUGGACUCCCCAACACUACCGUCAGUGUGUCCUGUCCCUGGUACCUGCCCUGGCACCACCAAGUCCAGCAUGGAUCGGUGUACAGGGAAUGUGACGCGGACGGACAGUGGGUUCCCCAGAAGAACACUAGCGAGUGUGACGCUAAUGAUCCUGCUCAGCAGCACUAUGGCCAGAUCCUCAAGAAGUUCCGGACCAUGUACACCGUGGGCUACUCUCUGUCUCUGGGGGCUCUGGUGUUAGCGCUCGGAGUCCUGAUCACUUUCAGGAAGCUCCACUGUAUGAGGAACAACAUCCACAUGAACCUGUUUGCCUCCUUCAUCCUGCGUGCUCUGUCCAUCCUGAUAAAGGACGCCAUGUUGGAGGCUCCCAGCGUCAACAUCGGACAGGACCAGGACAUUACACACUACGAGGUGGAGUGGCUCGUCAACAACCAGACGGCGGUGGGGUGUCGUAUCGCCGUGGUGAUGAUGCAGUACAGUAUCAUGGCUAACAGCUAUUGGCUGCUGGUGGAAGGCAUCUACCUCCAUAACCUGCUGGUCAUCACCGUGUUCACUGAGAAAAACUACUUCAACAUCUACCUGUGCAUCGGCUGGGGUGCCCCUCUGAUCUUCCUGGUGCCCUGGGUGAUGGUAAAAUACCUGUAUGAAAAUGAGGAGUGCUGGGAGCAGAAUAUCAACAUGCAGUACUGGUGGAUCAUACGAUCCCCUAUACUGCUGGCAGUUGUGAUAAACUUCCUGAUCUUCAUCCACAUAAUAAAGAUCCUGGUGUCCAAACUGAGGGCUCACCAGAUGAGAUACUCCGACUACAAGUUCCGGUUGGCUAAGUCUACCCUAACCCUGAUCCCUCUACUAGGAAUCCACUUGGUGGUGUUUGUCUUCGUGACGGAUGAGUCCACCAAGGCCACCAUCGCCCUGCGUCUCACCAAACUCUUCAUAGACCUCUUCUUCACCUCUUUCCAGGGUCUGCUGGUGGCUAUCUUAUACUGCUUUGUCAACAAAGAGGUUCAAUCAGAGAUCCUGAAGAAGUGGAAGCGUUGGAAGCUGGGUCGUAACAUCGAGGAGGAGUACCGCCACACCUACAGCCAGCCGCCCCACCUCAACACCAAGAGCAACAGCCUGGUGGGUCACGGGGGUCGCGACCCCUCGCACCCCUCCUCCCUGCUCCUCCACCCCCACCUCCCUGACAUCACCACCUGCUCCCCUGCUCCCCCUGGCCAGGGCCCAGGCUGCUCCCCAGAGGAGAAGCACCUCCUGGUGGUGAGCUGUCAGAAUGGCAUGGGGCGGAGUAGGAAGAACACGGGGUCGUCCAUGCAGCUCCCCUCCCCACCACGUGAGGGCGCCAUCAGCUGUAGUCACAUGCUGAUAGAGGAUAAUAUGGAUGACAUCUGCUUGACAGACAGGGUGUCAGAGUGUUACGAGGCUCCUAGAGGAAAUGCAGAGAGCCACCUCUGAGACUGGAGAGGACGGGGGAGGUUAAUGAUGUAACACCCUGGUAACACUCUGGAGCUGGGGAGUGUGUUUCAGGAGAGGUGUUUGUCUCAAUGGACUAAUGUUAAUGAGAGAGAUGGGCUUGAGAGACCCAGGACCAGUGCGUGUCUCAGUGGCCAUCACCCUGGACCAAUGUUAAUGAGAGAGAUGGGCUUGAGAGACCCAGGACCAGUGUGUGUCUCAAUGUUGGUAUCGUAACCCUGGAACAGUUAGUGGGAGAGAGAGGCAGUACUCGGCCCUCUCCAAUCGACAGCCAAAGGAGAGAAACAUAGGACAAGCUAGAUGGAUCAGUUGACAUCAGUUGACAGUUGACAUCAAUUGACAUCAGUUGACAGAUGACAUCAGUUGACAUCAGUUGACAGUUGACAUCCGUUGAUAGCUGACAGUUUAAACUUGACAGUUGAUGAGUUGACAACCAUACAACAAUCAGAUAACAAUGUCCACCUUUGACCCAGACCAGACCUCCCAUGUUGGACCCCCCUGACCCAGACCAGACAUCCCAUGUUGGACCCCCCUGACCCAGACCAGACCUCCCAUGUUGGACCCCCCUGACCCAGACCAGACCUCCCAUGUUGGACCCCCCUGACCCAGACCAGACCUCCCAUGUUGGACCCCCUGACCCAGACCAGACCUCCCAUGUUGGACCCCCCUGACCCAGACCAGACAUCCCAUGUUGGACCCCCCUGACCCAGACCAGACCUCCCAUGUUGGACCCCCCUGACCCAGACCAGACCUCCCAUGUUGGACCCCCCUGACCCAGACCAGACCGCCCAUGUUGGACCCAUCUGACCCAGACCAGACCUCCCAUGUUGGACCCAUCUGACGUCCUAUGACUGUGGAUGUCCUGCGAGCCACAUGGAUUCAUAUAAGUGUUUUCUCUUCAACAGACUGUCAGACAGACAGCAUGGUACGCAGCAGGACUCACUGCUGCAUGUUCAAAAAGCCAAAACUGAGAAGAAAAAAGAACUUCCAAAGCUACGUGUGUAAAAUAAUACACAGAAACCUCAAGUUGCUAAAUACAGGGUCUUAGCUUUAGCCUCUGGUAUAUGUUGUUGUUGUGUUAAAUAGCUAUGUGUUUUGUGGUACUGGAGACAGUAAAGGAAGAAUAAACUGGACAUUCAAAAAACACAAACAAAAACAGGCCACAUGACUAACAGGACUAACAGAAAAACAGAUGAAACCAUGACAGAACAUGAAUACAUAUUCAUAGCCUUCGUAGGUCUUUAUAAAGCUUUUGAUGAGAUACCGCCUUGACCUUGCUGUCCAUUCUGAUUGGAUGAAGAGAGAGACAGAGAGAGAGAGACAGAGAGAGAGAGGUAGAGAGGCAGAGAGAGAGAGAGAGAGAGAUGGU